AUGGCCGCGUUUGAGUAAUUGUCGCGUGUUGUUGCUCUUAGACAGACGGUGGUAUUCUGUGUGUUUUUAUUUAUGACGCGUGAAAUUAUACAUGGUGUUUCAUUAAGUGAAUUAUAGUUUCGAUAAAUAUAUUAAAUUCAUAAGCAUUUUACGUAAUCUUCGAUUAUAUAUAUCGGGUAAAUAAAUCAUGUAUCGGUUUGCGUCGCGCUAGUAUUGUCACGCGCAUGCCCGCGGGAAUGUGUAUGCGGAAGAAGCGGACUGUUUACUAACAAGUGACUGAAGAACUUUUUUUGGGCUGAUGAAGAUCAAUGUAUUACGACUGCUUGAGAUCAACGGUGUGCUUCCCGAUGUUCGGCGUAAUUGUUCGCCGGUGGAUGGGGUCGUCGCGGCCAUAAACCCGAUCAGCUGGAAGGAGAUUCGAAGCCGCGGAGGCGUCGCCAGCGUGCCGAACAGCGUGGCGCCUUCACCGCCUGCCUCCGGAAGGAUGCAGAACACGGAGACGCAGGUACAGCAGGACGGGGCGUCCGCCCUGCACAGGGUCCUGUGCGCGGAGAGCUUCGCGGAGAAGGAACGAAGACUGUCCGAGAUGAUCCUGCAGCUGCAGCUGCUCAGGGAACAAUUGCUGCAACAGCAAGAUCAGACGAAGUCGUAUCCUGCGCACAUGACCGUCGACUCGCAGAAGCAGAUCGAGAUGCAGCGGCUGCAAACGGAGCACUUGAAGCGGCAGCAAGAGCACAUCAUGCAGCACAACAUCCAGGAGCUACAGGCGCAGAUGACAAAGAGCCAGCUGAGCAUGUCGGGGCCGCAAUCCUUGAUGUUCCUGCCGUUUCUCGAACAGCUCAGAGGGGUGGCCGUGCAAUCGCCUAUGCCGCCACCGCCGGCCACGUCGACCGCCACCACUAACAAACAUAUCAAUUCGAUCGCUAACAUGAUCAGCAGCCACCGGGAAGGUCCGAGCUGGGCGACGGCGCAUCUGGCGCAGAUGACCACGCAGAUGGAGAAGGAACCGUCGCCGACGCCAAUCUCGUCCGCGGUCGCGCCCACCGCGCCGCCCCUUCAGGACCUCGACGCGCCUCUGAACCUUACCAAGCCGAAGUCCUCGUCUUCGGGAGCCACGGCGUCCUCGUCCUCGCCGGGGAGCGACUCCCAUUCGACCGGGGCAGGAAGCAGCGGCCAACAGGAGCAACCGUUGGCCGCGACCGUUCCGAAACUCUUUCCACCUGGGCUACCAAUGUCGCGGAACUACUUGACGACGCUUCCGUACGCGGGCCUGCCGCCUCAUCUUAGCUCCCUUUCCUCUACGAUGGGCAAGGUGAUGGCCAAAGACGAGGCCGUUGGACCGGGUGGUUCUGUGGCGGCCGCAGCGGUCGCUGCCGUCGAGAAGCAUUUCGCGAUGCACGGGAUUUAUGGUCUGCCACCGAGCGCAGGUGCGAUGCCGCCGUCACCUCAAACUCAACGACCGAUCAAGCAUUCUGGUUCCCGGGAGGAGGCAUCGCAGGAGGAGCAAGACUAUCUCUCGACGCCUCACAUGUGGCGGGAGCCGGGUUACAAGGUACCGGAAGACAUAACGGAAAAAGCGAAAAUGGUGAGACAGCAGAAAAGGGAGAGCGAGAACAAGCCACAUAUCAAGCGGCCUAUGAACGCGUUCAUGGUGUGGGCCAAGGACGAGCGUAGGAAAAUAUUGAAGGCGUGCCCGGAUAUGCACAAUUCGAACAUAUCCAAAAUACUCGGUGCUCGGUGGAAAGCGAUGUCCAAUUCCGAGAAACAGCCAUACUACGAGGAGCAGUCCCGAUUGUCGAAGCUGCAUAUGGAGAAGCACCCGGACUACAGGUACCGGCCGCGGCCGAAGCGCACCUGCAUCGUGGACGGCAAGAAGAUGCGGAUCUCCGAGUACAAGUCGCUGAUGCGGCAACGACGGCAGGAAAUGAGGCAGCUCUGGUGUCGCGACAGCGGGGCAGAGAUGGGAUUCCUCUCGCCGGUCGGCUCGGACAUGAGCUCGCAACACCACCCGGGAUCGGGUGCCGGUCCAUCGGGGAGGCCGUCGGUGUCGCCGCCCGCGACGAUGCUGAACGGCGGCGCGGCCGGUCCCAGCUCCGAUCAUCCGUCGUUCUACUACCCGCAGGACAGCCUGUCGCCGUCCGACAUGAUGAACUUCUCGCCGGAGAAUUCCGGAUCCAUCGGCGGCUACGACGCCAGUCCGCGGCACCACGACGAAGAUUGAACCGCGGCUCCGGGUCAGCCGCCAUGGCCGCCCGGAGCUUCAUCGUCCACAGCAGCUUCAACGUCCAGACUCGGCCACGAGUUGUUCUGGUAACUGCACGCGUCCCCGAAGACAGUUCUCGGUCCACGGGUUGAGACCCGAUGGACGGACCAGGUACACUGUGCCGGAGUAGACGCGAUACGACCGCCCACGCGAACGUGAAAGUCGUCGAAGGAGGAACGUUCUCGAAGAGUGACACCGAGCGUUCCGAAGCCUCGCUCGUGAGGUUGUGAUAUAACGAUUUAUUUCUGUGCCAUCGUACGUACGACACGCGGACCCUCUCCCGCGGAAUUGGAGCGGCCAGCGCCGUUUCCUGGACCCGCCGUCGUUGUCGUCCGUCUUCUUGCGGUCGCUCAAUCCGGUACACGUAUCGACGUUCCGGACGUGUCCUCGGAUGAUCGAGGUGCACGAGGGCUUCUUGGGACGAUACCGAUUGAAGCUUCGAGGAACGCCCGGGGAACGUGGGAUUCGAUAGGCGAGGCUCGAUGAUGACUUCGCCGGCGGGAAGGUUGAUAAGGGACACGAGCGACCGGUCGAGACGAAGCGGACCGUGUCCAACGUGGCGACGCGCGCGGUGCAUUCUCUGUUCUGUGUAAUCAAAAGCCGCGAGUGAAGCGACGGAGUCCGCGAACCGAUGAUACGGUCUGAUAGGUACUUUUCUAGAUGCGCCGGGAUGCACGCACGAGUACUCGGGCUCGGGGUGAAAUGUCGGCGACAACCGCGCACACCUCUCGGGUGUUCGAAUGGAAGCGCGAGCAUAGGAUUAUACAUAAAUAAAUGAAUAAAUAAAUAAAUAAAAACGAAAUAUAUAUAUAUAUAUGUAUAUAUAUACAUACAGUUAUGUAUAUAUAUGUAUAUAUAUACACAUACCUGAUUUUUCGUAAGACUGCCAUGUGUGUCACGUGUGAGCAGGCGAAUGGAUUCGACGCAGUCACCGAUCGGACUCGGCCCUGACAUCGCGUCUCGACGCCGCGUUUGAUACAUCGCGAGACGAUCGUGACACGUAUAUGUUUACAUAUAUACAUGUAUGUGCGAGGUACGGUGCGCGGCCAAAAAGUCUUGUUCCUAUUCCUUCUAGUGUGUGUGUGUGCGUGUGUCCAGCGACACGGUACCUCCGCUCGGCCGUGUCGGGGGAUCGAGAAGCGAAGAGAAGAAAAGAAGCUGAUCCGUUCUAUAUCGCAUCUUCACCAAGCGUGGCGCGCGUAUCCCGGCUCGUACACGCGGGACACGCGUUUCACAUCGUUCUAAAUCCAGCGGUCCUUUUUUCCGUAUUAUCACGCAAUCACUUAUUAACCGGUUAUUAGCACGAGGACCGGGAUAUAGGGGGCAGGGGGAAAAACAGAGGGCACAAACAGCGAGAGGAAACGGGUGGUAACUCUGUCACGCGAUUCUCCUGACCGCCAUGUUGGCCGCUUCGUUCGAUCUGAGAUCACUUGAUAGUACUUAUAGUAUUUUCGUCGUUAAUUUAUUCACCGUAAUCGCAACGAGCGGUUCGCGAAGUCGGUUGGUCGCUCGAGAUCGUCUUGAACCCCCUGUCCGAUCCGUCUUCAUAGAAACCGGAAGCGUCUGACGCGAAUGCUGGCCGGAGGAAACGAUACGGAGCGACCAAUAGAAUUCGCCACGACAGCGGAGCCGCGACAGAGCGGACGAUCGAACGGGAACGCGAUUGUUGGAACACGAAGAAGAGAAUUUUUCAAAAGAUAACCAGAAACAAUGGAGAGCCGUGGUGGUGGGAUACACGAGCGAGAAUGAUUCGGGGAACGGGAAUGGAUGGGGGCACGCGCGACGUCAAUUUUUUAGUACAAUGUUGCUGUAAGAAGGGUGGAAAAUUACGGGGAGAAGGGAAUUAGCGUUAUUUAUUGAAAACGAUGCGUGUGAAACGGGAACGAUCAAAUUCUAAUGAGACGUUGUGUUUUGUUUUUCGGGUAUCCGGAGCACUGUUACGUUUUAUCCCAUUUUUUGUCGAGUUGCGUUUCGCAGUAGAGCGCCUGCGGAUGAUGGAAAGGUUAAGUCGAUGGAAACUUAUCCUGCGAACAUGUUCACUGUAUUGGCUCGGUGCUAGGGUGACAAGGGGGGCGAGCACCGAUAUCGCAAUAACGACUUUGUAGCUAGGGCGUGUAAAUGUCUCGUGGUUCGAGAGAACGUGUAUCGGAAAUCGGACGGCAAAGAUUGGGGAGCUCGAUGUGAUAAUAUUUAUGUGCCAAAUAGCGUUUUCGCGGACCGGUGGCUGCUUGAGUACGGAGAGAGAGAGAGAGGAAGAGAGCGUGAGUGAGGGAGAGAAAGAAAAGAAAAAAAGAGAGGACGAGUGAGAGGCAGAGAGUAUGAGAGCACGGCCAUCCGGUUCCGGGUCGCGGCGGAAGUUGGCUCGACGUGAAAAACACGGAAACUUUUACGUCUCUCCUUUUUCACCGUUUCUUUUUGUUAUUUAUAUAUUGUAAUCAGUGCAAUUCUAUACAAGGUACCUAAUAUAAUUUUAUAAAGAGAGCCAGUAUCCUCGAUGCAUCUGCGCCCGUGUUUCGGGCCGGUUCGGGUUCAAAUACCGCGGCCGGCGGCAGAUACGAUAGCUUAAUGUUGAUAUAAUAAUUUAUUUUAUGUAUAUACAAUGGAUUUGUACAAUUGUGUCGGCGGUAUUCAUCGAUCAGAACGGCCCGAUGCAAGAGAACGUGUCAAAUACUAUUAAUGUACAGUGUAACUAUAUUGUGAUGUAUCCGCGUAGCGACAUUAUAUGAUGUAAUUACCCCACGAGGACACCGUAGAUUUAACGAUGUUAAAAUUGCGAUUUGCAUAUUCUUAUUUUCAUGGUCAUUAUUAUGUCUAUUAUUAUCCUUAAUAUUAUUACUACUGUCAUCAGUUUUAUUUAGUACUA